GGCAGAAAAAGUGUACCGAGGCAAACAGGACAAUGUCGGAGUUGAACGGCCCGUGUACCCUACUAGCGACACCGCGAGAUGAAACACCGAAUCAUGCAACAACAAAAAAUGAUAUGAAUACAUUUUAGAUGAAUGUGUUAGUUAAUGUAGAGACAAACGAUUAUGUAUAUUUUUUUGUCAUACAGUUAAUUUUCGAAAAUCGCUAUUUAGGCAGCUAACUGACUACCUAACAUUAGCCAGCUAAUUAGCUUUAUGGGCGUUGUGACAUGAGUGAGUUAUGAUAUUGUAAUUCGUGUUAGUUAAUGUUUUAGGGACUCCAGAGAAAACCAGCAAACCAGGCCGUCGUCUUGUGAAACAGACAGUGGAUGUAAAGAAUCUAGCUUGCUAAAGCAUUUACUGUCUUUUUGAUAUUUGCCAUGCAAUGCAGCUAUAGCAACGUAGCUAGCGCUAGCUAACUAUUUUCUUGCUUAUUGUGUAGUGGAGGAUAAAAAUACCUGCAUGCCCUAUGGAUAUGUAGCUAGCCAUGUAGCCGAUCUGUGUAUGGACCCUAAAACGUUUGGUAAAAAUAUUAGUUCAGAACAGGGGUUUUAAUUGCUUCCAACAGUUAAUAAUUAAUCCCCAAGAAAUUGCAGAAAAUGACUGUUACACACAUGACUCUUACAUGUCAAUAUGCAAGUCGUAUAUACAUGUAGUUAUUACCAAGCAUGAGUUCCCGACAUUGUAGCUUGUACAUUUUUUAUAUGUUCACUUAUCACGUAUAUACGGUUCAAGUAUAAAUGCCAGUCAUAUCCAAUACCAGGAGAAUCAAACUCCAGCAUUUGAAUGAUGCUGUGUCUACAUGUAUGUAUUACAAUUAUACACUUCAACAGUAUUUACCAAUCUUGCUUCUGGGACAUCAAUGGCUACACAUUGUAACUAUGCAAUAGACUAGAACACAUUAUUUAACGAGUUAAAGGCUGAUUUGUAAUUCAUAUAUACAGAAACAGAAUUUUAAAAACAGUACAUUGCACUCCCUAUGCAUCAUGUAAAUACUCUAAAACAGGUUAAUCUCAAUAUCUAAUUUCCUUCAUCUGCGCUGAUCUGAGGACACAGGAUAGGUGUAGUAUUUCAUCAAAUGAGAGACUUAAUUUCAACCAGUAGAUAAUGUGAACCAAUAACCAAUUCCAGAAGAGAAUGUGAAACGCUUUAUUGAAAGAAGUUAAUUAUCCAAGUGUUAUGAAUAGAAAAAACAUGCAUUAUAAAUAUUAUAAUUAUUUUUUGUAAUUUUUAUUUUUUAUUUCACCUUUAUUUAACCAGGAAAGCCAGUUGAGAACAAGUUCUCAUUUACAACUGCGACCUGGCCAAGAUAAAGCAAAGCAGUGCGACACAAACUACAACACAGAGUUACACAUGGAAUAGACAAACAUACAGUCAAUAAUACAAUAGAAAAAGUCUAUAUACAGUGUGUGCAAAUGAAAUAUAUUAUUUCAUUCAUAACAGAAAUUUGUAUGCGGCUUAAUUUACCCUGUCCUGUGACUCAAUUUAUAACCGGGGUAAGUUGUGCCAAGAGACAAGUGUUUUUUGGACAAGUUGUUUUCAAAACUGUUAUGUUUACAUGAAUUUGAUUAUUUCUAGUGAUACACAACAUCCUGAAAUAUAUAUAGAUGUCUUUGUUAGAAAGAAUACUAGAGUACUGUUCAGUGAUGCUGAAUGUAAAAAAUGGCCCUCUCCCCUAGGCUAUGCAUUGGGCAAAGAAAAUGGUAACAUUCUAAAGCCAAUGCUUUUGUCAUCCUUUUUAGCUCAGUUGGUAGGCGCUUUCAGUGACAGGUAAUGUGUUUGAUUCCCUGGACUACCCCUGUGUAAAUGUAUGCACACAUGACUGUAGCCACCUUGGACAAAAGUGUCUACUAAAUGGCAUAUAUUAUUGUAGUUAUCAGUUACAAAAUUGGAAAUUACAUGCUUUGAUUCACACAUCCUAUUGGAACUCCAAUGUUUUAGCAUAGCCUAAGCUAUGAUGAUGUUUUUGGGAAGGGCAAAGGCUGAAAAUCAUGUUUUUGUGGAAGAAAAUCAACGUGCAUGAAUCCAGGCAAUGUUGAGGCAAAAAUAAUCCCCUUCUAAACUGAAAUUAUCUGUAGUUGAGGCAGCUAAUUGAUACCAACUAAAAUGGAGUAACGUUUUCACAUUCACCAACAUGGCAGACGUGUAUACCCAUUUUCUCCAAUCACAUAGCAGGAUACUCCUCAGGGAGCACAUCCGGUGGCGUUUCCUGUGUUUGUAAACUGAAAGAAAUUGGAACUCGGGUGACGAGCCACGACAGACGAGGAAAAUUAAAGUUUUAGUGCUAGAUGAGUGAGGUGGGUGUGGCCUCCCAUCAGACUGACCAUCCUGAUUGACGGAUUCCUGGAUGACCUUGUCCCCGCCCCCGUCCCCGCCCUCACAUACACCGUUCCCACUGCAAUGUCACAUCUGCCCAGCAGCUCAGUCCGAGAUCAUAUGAAAUGGGCGGGGUUGCUUGGCUGUGAGGCUGUUCUCUCAAGUAUGGCCCUGAUGCAGGCCAGCUCCAUGGCCGGUCCGCCCAAGAAAAUGAUGGCUCCGCUCGGACAUGGACCACCACCACAGAGGGAUGGCCCAGACCGCGGUCCUCAGAGCCACAUGAUCCUGCCAUCUGGAAUGAGCUGUCCACCCCUGCUUAUCCGGAAGGAGGGCGACUUCCACACCCCCCGCCUGCUGGACGAGAAGGAAAUGAGGGCCAACGAAGACAUGCAGCUGAAAAAGAAGAACAGGAAGUCAGGAACGCCCUGUAAAGUGAGAGAGCAAGACGGGAGGGGAGGGAAGGUGGUUGUUGUGGAUGAGAAUGGUAACUGUCCAAUAUCUAAAGUGCAGAAAAACUUCAUCUGCAAUCACUGUUAUGGUGCAUUUAGGAGUGGAUAUCACCUGAAGAGACACAUCCUCAUUCAUACAGGGGAGAAGCCGUACGCUUGUGGCAUAUGUGACAUGAGAUUUAUUCAGCGUUACCACCUGGAGAGACACAGCCUGAUUCACACGGGGGUGAAGCCGUACGCUUGUUCCAUGUGUGACAUGAGGUUUUUCCAGCGUUACCACCUGGAGAGACACAGCCUCACUCAUACGGGGGUGAAGCCGUAUGCAUGCAACAUGUGUGACAUGAGGUUCUUCCAGCGUUACCACCUGGCGAGACACAGCCUCACACAUACGGGGGUGAAGCCAUACGCUUGCAACAUGUGUGACAUGAGGUUCUUCCAGCGUUACCACCUGGCGAGACACAGCCUCACUCAUACGGGGGUGAAGCCGUACGCUUGUUCCAUGUGUGACAUGAGGUUUUUCCAGCGUUACCACCUGGCAAGACACAGCCUCAAACAUACGGGUAUGGGUCCUCUCCCCGUACCCAUCUCACAUAUGUUGGCUACAAAUGGAGACCAAGAAGUUGUUUAUAGAAGUUCUUUGGGGGUGAAGCCGUACGCUUGUUCCAUGUGUGACAUGAGGUUCUACCAGCGUUACCACCUGGCGAGACACGGCCUCACUCAUACGGGAGUGAAGCCGUACGCUUGUUCCAUGUGCGACAUGAGGUUUAUUCAGCGUUAUCAACUGGAGAGACACAGCCUCACUCAUACGGGGGUGAAGCCAUUUGGUUGCACCAUGUGUGACAAGAGGUUCUUCCAGCGCUACCACCUGGCAAGACACAGCCUCACUCAUAUGGGUGUGAAACCUUACGCUUGUACCCUGUGUAACAUGAGGUUUGUUCAGCGCUACCACCUGACAAGACACAGCCUCAAACAUACGGGGGUGAAGCCGUACGCUUGCACCAUGUGUGACAAGAGGUUUUUCCAGCGAGACCACCUGCGGAGACACAGCGUCACUCAUAUGGCGGUGAAGCCGUUCGCUUGCACCAUGUGUGACAAGAGGUUUUUUCAGCGCCACCACCUGCAGAGGCACAGCAUCACUCAUAUGGGGGUGAAGCCGUACGCUUGCACCAUGUGUGACAAGAGGUUUUUUGAGCGCCACCGCCUGCGGAGACACAGCAUCACUCAUAUGGGGGUAAAGCCGUACGCUUGCACCAUGUGUGACAAGAGGUUUUUUCAGCGCCACCACCUGCGGAGACACAGCAUCACUCAUAUGGGGGUGAAGCCGUACGCUUGCACCAUGUGUGACAAGAGGUUUUUUCAGCGCCACCACCUGGCGAGACACAGCGUCACUCACAUGGGAGUGAAGCCGUAUGGUUGCACCAUGUGUGACAAGAGGUUUUAUCAGCGCCACCACCUCGCGAGACACAGCGUCACACACAUGGGGGUGAAGCCAUACGGUUGCACCAUGUGUGACAAGCGGUUUUACCAGCGUUACCUCCUGGCAAGACACAGCCUCACUCAUUUGGGGGUGAAGCCAUAUGGUUGCACCAUGUGUGACAAGAGAUUUUACCAGCGAUACCACCUCUCAAGACACAGCCUCACUCAUUUGGGUGUGAAACCUUACGCUUGCACCAUGUGUGACAUGAGGUUUGUUCAGCGCUACCACCUGACAAGACACAGCCUCACUCAUACGGGCGUGAAGCCGUAUGCUUGUUCCAUGUGUGACAUGAGGUUUAUUCAGCGUAACCACCUGGAGAGACACAGCCACACUCAUACGGGGGAGAAGCCGUUUGCUUGUGACAUGUGUGACAUGAGGUUUAUCCAGCGUUACCAUCUGGAGAGACACAAGCGUGUCCACAGCGGAGAGAAGCCUUAUCAAUGUGAGCGAUGCCAGCAGAACUUCUCGCGGACGGACCGGCUGCUGCGACAUCGGCGGCUGUGCCAGGGCCGUGGUGUGGCCAAGGUGGAGAACCAGCCGUGCUGCGAGCCCCGCCCUUACUCCCAGGAGCCCCCACCCGCUCCACCCACCUGGAGCCCCCUUCACCCACCUCCUGGUCGACUGGCUGUCUGACUGACAUUCCCCCCAUCCUCCCUCCACACACACACACACACACACACCAUCUCCCAGAGAAACAGGACAGGCCACCUAGUCUCACUCAACCCUGCACUCAGUGGCGCCACACUCUGGCAAAGACUGAUCCUUCAUCUCGGGUCCUGAGGUUACUAUGACAGCGGGACAGAUGUUUUUGUCUUCUUUUGAGAGCGAGUUUCCUUCAAUAAUCAGUGGUCUAUUUUGUACUUAAUCUAUUUUUUAAAAGUUUUUUAUUAUUAUGUAGAUUUAUUGUUUGUGCUGUUGGUGGUACUCUAGUAAGGGGGGGGGUGUUAAUGUUUGUUACACCAUAACAAUGAUGAAGUGGGAUAUAUAUAUAUAUAUAUAUCUAUAUAACAAUAAACAACACAGGACGUUUGUAGAAAAUGUAGUUUGUGAAAGAAGAAAAGAGUUGUCAGACAAUGGUACAGGUGUCAGAACUAAAAAUAAAAAGGGGUUCCAUAAAGUUUGAUUUUAGGACGAUAUAGGCAAGUGGAGGAUGUCCUAACAGGUCAGAAGUGAAGGGUCAGGUCAGAGGAUAUUGUGGUUCUAGUUGGAUAGAGUUGCUGAUGACUCAGGAAGUGGAACAGACAGGAUGAUAGCAUUAGCAAGUUCCAUUACACCCUUUAACGGUGUAUGUACAGAGGUCUAUGGGAGCAGGUCGCAGGCUCUCUUUUACAGUCAGUUCUUAAAGAUGUACGUGGAAAACAACGGCACAAGCUGGCAGCUUCAGCAAGUCCCAUUACUUUGUUUGUACAGAUCCUCAUGUUGAGAGCAUAGCAGGAGGUAUACACAGUCUUGUGGCCUUAGAGCGUGCUUAUGUUAUUUGGUUAAUUUGCCUUUUUGUUUUUUUUUGUUCAUGGUUUAAUUAUUUUCAGAUACGAUUAUAAGGAUGCGCCACUGCCUUUUUUAAAAGCUGGGUAUGUUUUUCCAAAGCUGUCACCCUUAUAGAACACUGCUUACUACAAUGGCACUAUAAGGCAUAGGCAAAUAUUCCUUCAUCUGUUCGUUGAGAAUUGAUAUAGUGCUGGUUAUUAUUGGUAAUAAUUUAACCCCGGGUUCCUGAAUGAUUACGCGAGGGGAGUUUGACAAUUUCAGUGAGCUGCUAAUAGUGCUAACUUCAAUUUGUCAGGCAGUGCUUUGGCCAGCUAAAGGCCAUACAGAUACUUUUCCCAUAGUUAAAUGAACACUUGUUUCACUUUGCUACACACUAACAAAUGCCUUUAACUGAGAUGGGGGUAGGUGUGUAAAGGAUUUCUGUCAUGUUCUUUCGGGGGUUAGCCUUAACUCGAAUAAGAUCUUUCUUAAAUAAUCAUUGUAGUGUAAAAUGAUAUUGUAAUGAAUUACUGUAACCUGUACUGAUCUUUUGAACAUGGUUUCCCCAUCCAAGUGUAAUGGCUACAGAGCACAGAGAUGCUUUAGUUAAUGUCUAUCUACUCUUGUCCAGGGUCAUCAGUAGUCCUAUUGGUGGUGUUCCACAGCAGCCUGUCUGUGGGCUUGUAGAGCAGCUUAGGGAAGGAUCUCUGAAACCUGGUCCUGAGGACCAGUGUGUGCUGGACUUUACUUAAACCGAGUCAUUUAAUUGAAUGAUUCUCAAUGUCGCCAGGCUACUACUGUUAGUGAAACCAAUGUACUUUUGUUUAUUUAGUAAUGCCACAUGUAUAUUCCAGAAAUGUUGCAACGUACAGUCUGCAGUAGUUAAGAUAUUUAACUGUUUUAAUUAUGCCUGAGUGAGUAGAUUAUGCAAUCCAGCAAACAGGGGUAUUCUAGUACCGGGGUUAAGAAACUGCAGCUUACUGUAUGAUUUGGCAACCCCUUGCCCCAAGAAAUGUGGAAAGGAUAUCACCUGUAACCACCGCUACCCACUAGUGAGGCCACAGGGCAAGGUUGGUUGCCAUUAACUGUUAAAGCCCUCUCAGUUCUGUCCUUUUUAAGUAUUGUUCUCAAUCUCAUGAUGAAAAUGCAAUAGAAUCUUUUGAGUCUGAUCAGUUAACACAGUGAGGUUUAUUUUCUUCUAAGGAUCAGGUAAAGGAUGGCGCGGUUAGAGAAGAGCUCCUUGCUCUCUGCUCUACUGUAUUUGACGAUUCUGGUAAUGUUUCAAGGACCUUUUUUUCUGAUAAUAUUGUAAACACUGGAGUGGUAAAAAACAUGAAAUAGAUAUUUUUCUUUUUCAAAACUGUUCUAGAUUUUAGUCUUUCGACAGAGCCUCUUACUCCUCAACUUGACAAAGAUGGCAGAACCAUUUGGAUCAGUACUGUAUUGAGAGCCCAGGGCGUUUUAGUAAUUUCAAGAUUAGAGGUGGUAGUACCUCAAGAAAAUGACUUUUUUUAUACAGGUCCCCUUCUAUUUGUAGUGAAUUAUAUUGAUAGAAAUAUUAGGUAAGCAACAGCAUCUACAUUAGCUAUCACAAGUUAGUCUUUUCUUUGUCUUUAUUAGUCUUGCAUGCAGAGUUAUGGUCCUCAGUUAAGAUAGGAUCUUAUAUUGAUUAUUCUUUUGUCUAAGCAAAAUACGUGCAUAAAAAUAACUUCUUAAAAAAAAAAUAACAUUUGAUUAUUGUAAAAAUGGGGAAACUAAUAUGUACCCUUGUGAUCCAAUUAGUUUUAAUUGUAAGGGGAGAGGCUUCCUACCAUUAUGCUGAAAUAAAAUACUUUAUAAAAGA